AUGAGACUCCUUGUAAAACAAACUGAAAACUGCCAGAACUACAUGCGUAUUAUGGCAAAAACUGCGGCGGGAGGACUGCUAGUAUGCGGCACGAAUUCGUUCAAGCCACUUUGUAGAGAUUAUGUAAUUCAUAAUGGAAAUUACACGGUUGCAAAGGAGAAACCUGGCCAAGCCGUAUGUCCGUACGACCCUCAUCAUAAUUCUACAGCGAUAUAUGUCGAUGGAGAUUUGUAUACUGGCACGGUGGCCGAUUUCAGCGGAAUGGAUCCUAUUAUCUACAGAGAACCGCUACAGACUGAACAAUACGAUUCGAUGAGUCUCAAUGCUCCAGAUUUUGUCAGUUCCAUGACGCACGGAGAUUUCGUCUACUUCUUCUUUAGAGAAACCGCCGUCGAAUAUAUUAACUGCGGGAAGGCGGUGUAUUCCCGGGUGGCCAGGGUUUGUAAGUAUGACCGUGGAGGGCCACAUCGGUUCCGGAAUCGUUGGACUUCCUUCCUUAAAUCUAGGCUUAACUGUUCCGUUACGGGGGAGUUUCCAUUUUACUUUAAUGAAAUACAAUCAACAACAGAACUAAUCGACGGCCAGUAUGGAGAUGUGUCCGCUCAAUUAGUCUACGGUACGUUCACAACACCUCCCAAUAGCAUUUCCGGAAGUGCCGUCUGCGCAUUUUCUCUACAAGACAUUGCGGACACCUUUGAGGGUAACUUCAAAGAACAAUCGGCGAUAAACUCAAAUUGGUUACCCGUGCAAAGCUCCAAGGUGCCCGAUCCCAGGCCCGGUCAGUGCCACAACGACAGUCGUACGCUUCCCGAUCUCACUCUGAAUUUUAUAAAAACGCACUCACUUAUGGACGAAAGUGUCCCAUCCUUCUUCGGACAGCCGAUUGUAAUUCGGACAAGUUUCCACUAUAGAUUUACACAAAUCGCGGUCGAUCCACAAGUAAAGGUUCCAGGGGGCAGAACUUACGACGUCUUAUUUAUUGGAACAGAUAAUGGAAAGGUAAUAAAGGCAGUCAACGCGCUUUCUGCCGAAACCAGACAUGGAGUGCGGCCCGUAGUUGUAGAAGAAAUUCAAGUGUUUCCAGUACACGUCGCCGUUCGGGGGCUGCACGUCAUGCAUACUCAAAAACAAGAGGGCCGCCUAGUUGUCAUAGCAGAUGGAGAAGUUCAAUCCUUAAGGUUACACAGAUGUGAUAGCAAUAAGAUAUCGAGUUGCAGUGAGUGUGUGGCUCUUCAAGAUCCUUAUUGCGCUUGGGAUAAAGUGCAAGGCAAGUGUCGAUCGCAUGGUUCCGGACGAUGGGGUGAAGAAAGCUAUUUUUAUCAGAGCGUCACAACAGGGCAACAUUCCGCCUGUCCACCUCCUAAGCUGGGCAAGGAUGCCAGCUCAGCUGGUGGGCUAAGUUCCAUACAACCGAAAUUUAAUCAAGAUCACCAACCUAGUAAAGAUAUGCCUGAUGGACAAGUUAUAAAUAUCAUGCAAGAUCGAGGGUUUGAAAACAUUGGAGGUGAUCCAUCAGUUACAGCUGCUGACAAUUCUUCGCCACAAUAUUCGGCAGAAGUUUUAAUCAUGGCGGUAGUUGCCGGUUCCGUCACGGCGUUAGUCGUUGGUUUCAUUGCGGGAUAUUUGUGCGGAAGGAAAUGUCACAAAGAUGACGACGACAAUUUGCCAUAUCCUGAUACGGAAUACGAAUACUUUGAACAACGCCAAAAUAUGAACAGUCGAAUACAAGCAGAACCGAAACUCUUACCGCAAGAAGAGGUAACGUACGCAGAACCGGUUUUGGUUCCGCAACCUCCUCCAAAGUUGCACUCCCCCAAAAAUACGUUGCGGAAGGGGCCGCAUCAAAAUAACGCCGAAACGCUCUUCCAAUUUCAACCUGAUACUGGUUAUAAUGGUAGAGAUAAUUAUCGCGGUAGAGACAACUUUGGUACUUUACGUUCACAUCAGGGAGAUAACUAUAGACGAGGUGAUGGAUUUUCGACGACGAGAAGUGUAAAGAAGGUGUAUCUCUGAGAAAGCAGUGAGGAGGGCGGAGUAGGUGCCCGAAGUUUAGGAAGACCGCGCCCACCCCGAUCGGGCCAUAGUGCAUUGCCUACAAACAGCGGCUCUUCCAGUUCUCCUUCGCCGCCCUCCUCGUCGCCUUCACCGACACCUCCCAAUACUGCCUCGUACAUUUACAGGGCAUAGUUUCAUGUCCUCAAAAUGACUUGAGCCAUGCGCAACGCUUGUAAUAAAGGUAAUGUCAGUUCUACUGUAAAUUACAAAACUUGAAAGAAUAAAAAAGUAAAAAUUACUUGGCUCUGCUUGGAACGUUUUGUACAGUGUUUCUUUAGUUUAAUUUAUAGUUUUAAGGCAAACGAGUGUGAAAAUUAUUUGAAAAUGUAGUCAGAAAGAUCUCAGAUAGGUACAACAUUUUUGUUUUGUUUAAUACAUUGUUAGUUUUUGUUUUGAAGUUGACUAUAAUCCCCUACAAAUACACCUAUACCUACAUUUAUCAAAAGGGCGAUUUAAAUAAAGAAGGUCAGUAGAUAGAAAACUCAAAGAUUUCCAAAGACUCAAAACCACCCAACUAACAUCUUAUUAUUGUUAUUUUUCAUCAUUUUAGUUCGUUCAAAACAUUUUCUCCUUAUUUGUCAAAAUUAUAACAAAGUGUGCCUUAAAUAUCACCUUAUUUGAGUUGCACAUACCUAAACAAUUUAUUUUUAAUAAUUUCAAAUAUUUCACAAUCACAAAAUAAACAUGCCAUUCGCUUAUAAUACAUAUGAAGCCAACAUGCUCAUUCAAUUAAUUGUCAUCUAAAUGUAAAAAAUCAUGUGCACAAAAAAACAGACAUUUUGCAAUCUCAAUACCGAUUUUUUGUUCAUCUUAUAUUUUUUCAGUGGAAUUUGAGAACAUUGUUGCGCAAAAAAAGUGUUUUCAAAAAACUCUCCAAAACCAAAGGACAAUACAGUCAAAUUUCUACCUAAUAUUUAAAUCGCCUCGUAUGUUUGAUUACCAAAUAAAUACUAUUAGUCGUUUCGGUUUAGUUAAAAUAAACCGCACUAAGUGAGCAUCUUUAGCCAUUACUUUUAUUACAGAACAAUAAAAUUUUAAACUGAAAUGAUCACAAUGACGUGAGAUUAUGAUAUUAAAAAUAAUUAGCGUAGUUUGUAUUGUACCGAUAAAUAGUUACUCAUUUGAAAUAGAUGGUGCGUUAGCGCGUAGGGCUAUGAUAUAUUGUAGACAUGAUAUGAUAGAUUUAAUAAGUAUUUCGAUGAUUAAUAAGUGCUUCUUAUGGAUGUGUUAGAUAAGUAUGUCCGUACAGAUAGAUUGUUAUGAUUUAGCAACAUUGUGAUUAGAUUGUAUAUUCUGUAGCUAUAAAGUUGUUCCACUUGGAUCUGUUGACAGAGAUAUCUAUAUUUUAGCACAGAGUAUCAUCUUGAAAGGUUAUAGAUUAAAUCGGGUACAAUUCAUAGUUUCAAUUUGUUGGGUGUGUGAGGAACCUUAUUAAUUUAUUGGAUUUAUUUUUUUAUACUUUUAAUUGAGUCUGUAAGGUUUAGAAUAGUUUGUGAAACACACCAAAUGCGAGUUACGUACUAUAUUAGUUUAAGUAUCUACUUAUAAGAAGAUGAACUAGAUAGGAUCUGUAACCUUUAAUGAUGAAAGGUAUUAAAUUCCAGUUUCAAACUGUAGUUCUUUUGGAUAAUGGUCGCAAUUAUUUCAGUAAAACUACUACGAAGCUGGUGUUAAUAAUUUUUGAGCAACUCUACAAUAAUUUUCCAUAUCUAAAGGCUUUUUUAAAAUUACUGCAUCUAGUAAUGUAUAUAAGACUGAAAUAAUUAAUACUCCAUGUCCAAGUUUAGUCGACAAGGCUAAUCUUUAGCGCGCAGUAUAAACAGUACAAACUUCCUCAACUUAGGAAACGUGUUAUUUUUAAUUUCUAGACUUUUAUUUCGGAUUUGUUGCAUCUUUUUUAUUGUUACUUACUAUGGUCGUAACAAAUCCCAAACACAAGUCAAUUUUUUGGUGCUCGCGCCUUAAAGACGUAAACCCUUUACUGUCCAUUACACUUUAGCAUAGAAGUGUAAGGAUACAAGUAAAGGUUUAGUUUAAUUUGUAUAAUUUGCUCAUUUACCUUUUAUUGUAGCACUAUGCAUGUAGCUUGUUAAAUUUUUUUCUACCGUCGUAACAGUAAAUUGGUUUCUAAUAGUAGAAAAGCACAAUUGUAAAUUUUAACAUUAUGUAACAACAAGCAGAGCUGAAAUACUUGAUAACGCUGUGUAAUUUAGAUUUCAAGUUAAACUAUAUUAUUGUGCAUAUUGUAAUUAAAUUAAAAACAAAAUUUUAUGAAGUUUAAGUCUGUUAUCGGUUGCGAUUUUACGUAUACAAUUUUAUAUAUUAUUGUAAUAUUAUUUUGAUACUAACGUUAUACGUGAAAUGCAACAAAUAACGGAUUUCGAUGUCGUUAUGUUAAAACCUCCAAAAUUCUCAUAACUGUAAGACUAUUCCAAUAAUAUGUACGUAGGUUUAAAAUUUCUAAAGUUGUAUAAAGUUGUAGAUAGAGUUUUAAAGGUAAAAAAAACUAGUCAAGUUAUAUAUUUAAUUGGUAUCUUUUUGGCACAUAAUUUUCUUGUGGUUCAUGUUUUGUAUCGAUUGAAAUUGUAUUCGUUUUUAAAUUUGUCCAAUUUGGUUUUGUCUGUAAUAUAAGUCAUAUGUCUACAUAGAUUACAUUAAUGAAUAAACUUGCUUCUUCCUAUUGCAACAGUGCCCAGUUGGAAUAGCAGAUUUGUCUGCUAUCGCUGUGCAGCAUUUUGUAUUGUAAGGCUGUCGCCAUUUUUUAAAUUAUAUUUAAACGUAAUUAUAUUUAUUGUAGGGUUAACAAUUACAAAGAAAUAUUAGUUAACAAAAUGUUUAUUAUGUGGACUGAUUGUAUAAAGUGUUUCACAGACUCGGAACUUUUUGUAUGUGAAAGACGUUUUUUAUUGCCACAAGUGUUGUAGUUGUAACAGUAUAUUAAAAACUAGUUCUUUGAAUAUACUUUAUACAGUUCGCCCAUAUUGGAAGCCUUCUGCAAUACGUGUGUUGACUUCCUUCAGCCAAGAAAUGGAUUAUAUUUAAACAUUCCAUGUAUGUUUAAAUAAAUUAAAAUAGUUAUUUGUCCCAAAGAGAUAUUGAAAUACACUUGUCAAUAUAUUAUAGGUUACAAUGUUAAUUGCAAAACCAAUUUUGUAAUUCUAAAGCUAGACCUAAAAGAUAGAACUGCGUAAGACAGUUGUAAUUUAUAUAAGCCUUUGCAGAUGUACUGUAUAUUAUAUAUAGUUAUACUUCCAUUUUGUCCAGAACUUUUAUUGUAGGACACGCUUGUUUGUAAUUGUAAUUAUGUCGAAAUUGUAUCAUUACUUUACUUCUAAGAAGUAUGUUAUUGAUAGUCUAUUUUUUAUCAUUAUUAUUUAUAUUUGUUCUUCAUACUAAGGUUCUGGACAAAUUGUGUUGAGAUAUCCAUUUAAUAUUGAAUUUUAGACA